CUUAGUGAGAGUUUGGAUGGAUAGGACGAUGCGUUUAAUUUAUUUUUGUCUGUUACAAUAUGGUUUCAGUAUUUAAUCUUAUGGCCAUUAUUAUUUUUACAUACACUCAUCUAAACUCAAUCUUACUUGACCUCCUCUUAACACCCUCAGCCUCUUUAUUUAAACCCCAAUUUCAUCUCCAAACUACAUUUUUGUGGCUGUUUGGGUUAUUUUCAUAUUUUCACUUAUUCCCCACUUGCUACACCCUCAUCCUCUUGAGAAAAUUAUUAGUAAAUUGUGUAAUAAAAUGGCAGAGAUAUCUUACGGAGGUUUUAUGGGUGUAAUGGCUAUUUUGGCUCUUGGUUUCGCCAUUGUUUCACCUUAUGUUGAGGCUCAAGCUUCUGCACCAGCUCCUUCUCCUACAAGUGAUGGAACUUCAAUUGAUCAAGGGAUUGCUUAUGUGCUAAUGCUUGUGGCAUUGAUGCUCACAUAUCUUAUCCACCCUUUAGAUGCUUCCUCCUACACCUUCUUUUGAUUUAUUUAUUUAGGAUUAUGAAUUGAGACAUUCAUUUAUGUUGGAGAUUGCUGUGGCUAAAUCUAUGAACCUUUAUUUAUUUAUUUUCAUGAGGUGAUGGGUGGAUGGUUUCCAUUUAUUUUUA